AUGAAACGAGGUUUUGACGAACAUAUUGGAUCCAACUCAUCCUCGACAACAAGUCUUGUUGCAAAAACCACAUCGCUUUCUAAUGUAAAGCGAAAAAAGACUCAUCUUUCAUUGCCUUCCUUCUGCAGAAAGGAUAGCAUUAAAGAUUUAGGAAGGCUCCGAGUUGCUUCUCGCAUCAUGAAAGCACUAACAGAGCAAAAACCAAUGGACAGGCUUGAAACCAUAUUUUCAAUAUUAAAAUACAUUCCCGAUGAUCAGUUUGCAAAUCUAGGAAAAGAGCUGGAUAUGAAAAAUUUUCAUCAAGUGAAUCUAUUGGAUUAUUUAAAAACAGUGCAGAGGCUUGAUGAUUGUUGGUUCAAUGAUGAUAGUGAUGCGGCUAGUUUGCUGCCGAUAAAAACCGUGCAAGUCCUCUCAAAAAAAGAAUUUUUUACAAAAUUACUUACGGAUUUAUUGAAAAGAUCAGAUGAUUUCGAUUAUGUGCCUACUCAAAGCAUUAAAUUGUUUAUGAAGACAGAGAGUUCAAAACCAUUGUAUGAUACGUUGUACAAAUUGACAAGAAGUGAUUUGGAUGAGUCAACCAAGCAAUCAUUGAUUCAAUUUUAUUCACAAUAUCCAAGAUUAUUGUUCUUACUGCCGUGCACAAAGAUAUUAAACGGAGGUGUGGUGUAUGUGUCAAAGAUUAUUGAUGAAGACGAUGUGAUGAGAAAAUCAUUCAAAGAGUUACAAGUCACCUGUCCUCGAAUUGAUGACUAUUUGAAUUAUCUCAGCAAGUAUCCUUCGUCGCAUUAA